UUGGCUUAGUUCCCAGUGCUCUUUUUGUCUAAUCAUAAUUAUAAAUCUCCAACGUAAAACUCCUUUAUUCUGCGCUGUAUAGUAUUUUUGGUACUUAAACAAAAAUAAUACAUUAAGACUCCGUGUGGGCGUCUGCACUGAUCGGAAAGAAGCUGGAUAGCUGAAAGCAAACCCUUAAAGACCCACCACAUUGUUUUCAUCUAUCCUAUUUUUCUUCUAAUUAGUUGAAAUUAAGGACAAUCGACGAGGGAUGAAGGCCCAAACACUGAAAAGGAGAAUCAGAAAGGGAAACAUGCCGAACCAUUGAGAUAGCCUAAUUAGUAGCGUGAAAAAACACCUGUAGAUUCCUCGGCCCAUCACACCUGCACCUUUGAUUAUGCCAUCCCGAAUCUGAAUACCACAUCAGACCCCAGUAACUGGAGAAAGACGGAACGGUGUGGCCGACUGGUCAGGUAUUGUAAUGGACAGCAUAGGCGGGUUUGAGGAUCUUGAACUUAGAGAGGCACAGAGAGAAUACCUGGACUUUCUGGAUGAUGAUCAAGACCAAGGAGUUUAUCAUGAGAAGGUCAGAAGUAUGGUGUCAGAAAAUCGCUGCCGCCUCAUUGUGAACAUCAACGAACUAAGGAGGCGGAACGAGAAACGCGCCAAAGCCCUGCUGAAAGAUGCCUUUAGUGAACUUGGUGCUUUCCAAAGAGCUCUGAAAGACUUGGUGGCAUCCAUUGAUGCCACCUACGCUAAGCAGUUUGAGGAGUUCCAUGUGGGGUUUGAGGGAAGCUUCGGAACCAAGCACGUAUCCCCUCGAACACUCACAUCAAGAUAUCUCGGGAACUUGGUUUGUGUCGAAGGCAUUGUGACUAAGUGUUCUCUAGUGAGGCCCAAGAUCACCCGGAGUGUCCAUUAUUGUCCAGCCACCAAGAAGACCUUGGAGAGGAAAUACACUGACCUGACCUCCCUGGAUGCUUUCCCUUCCAGCACCAUAUACCCUACCAAGGACGAAGAGAACAACCCCCUAGAGACAGAGUUUGGGCUGUGCACCUAUAAGGACCACCAGACUCUGACCAUCCAGGAAAUGCCAGAGAAGGCCCCUGCUGGUCAGCUUCCCCGCUCUGUGGACGUCAUUGCUAACGAUGACCUGGUGGACACAGUGAAACCAGGCGACCGUGUUCAGUUGGUGGGGAUCUACCGCUGCCUGCCUGCAAAACAAGGUGGCUUCACAUCUGGGACCUUCAGGACAAUUUUACUCACUAACAAUGUGAAGCGGAUGAGUAAAGAAAUGGUUCCAGCAUUUUCCGCUGGAGAUAUUAACAAGAUCAAGAAGUUCUGUAAAGCCCAUUCUACAGAUGUGUUUGAGUAUCUUAGCAACUCAUUGGCUCCCAGUAUCCAUGGUCAUGAGUACAUUAAGAAGGCCAUCCUUUGUCUGCUGCUGGGUGGCAAUGAGACCAACCUGGAGAACGGGACCCGUAUCCGUGGUGAUAUCAACAUACUGCUGAUAGGAGACCCGUCAGUGGCUAAGUCCCAGCUCUUGCGCUAUGUUCUACAUACUGCUCCACGGGCCAUAGCCACGACAGGACGGGGGUCAUCCGGUGUGGGUCUGACUGCUGCCGUCACCACUGACCAGGAAACCGGCGAACGGCGGCUGGAGGCUGGGGCCAUGGUACUGGCUGACCGAGGGGUCGUGUGCAUCGAUGAGUUUGACAAGAUGUCCGACAUGGACCGCACUGCCAUCCAUGAGGUCAUGGAGCAGGGCCGCGUCACCAUCGCCAAGGCGGGCAUAAUGGCCCGGCUCAACGCACGCUGCAGCGUGCUAGCCGCCGCUAACCCUGUCUAUGGAAGGUACGAUCAGUAUAAGACUCCCAUGGAGAACAUUGGUCUGCAGGACUCUCUGCUGUCUCGGUUCGACCUGCUCUUCAUUGUUCUGGAUCAGAUGGAUGCAGACAGUGACAGAGAGAUCUCUGAGCAUGUUCUACGAAUGCACCGCUACCGACCACCGGGGGAGCAAGAGGGAACAGCCAUGCCCUUAGGCAGUACCGUGGAUGUGUUUGCUACAGAGGACCCCAACCUCAACAAGGCGGCUGAACAGGAACUCCAGAUCUAUGAGAAGAAGAACAGUAUCCUGCAUGGGCACCGAAACAAACAGAAGACUGUUACCAUGGAGUUCAUCAAGAAGUACAUCCACAUGGCUAAGCUGUUGAAGCCGAUUCUGACCCAGGAGGCCUCCGAUCACAUAGCAGAGGAGUACGCCAAGCUCCGGAGCCAUGAACAAGUCAACUCUGAAUCCGCUAGGACAAUGCCGGUGACAGCGAGAGCGCUGGAGACGAUGAUCCGAUUGGCCACGGCCCAUGCUAAGGCGCGCAUGAGCAAGACCACAGACCUGGCCGACACAGAGGCUGCCAUGGAGCUCGUUCAGUUCGCCUACUUUAAAAAGAUUCUGGAGAAGGUAAAGAGGAGGAAAGUUGUGGAGGAUGACAUGGAUGUGACCCUGAGCCAGAGCCAAGAGGUGUCCAGCCAGCGUACAAGCACCAGGAAGCGUACUCGUGCAGGGAAGGAAAACAUGGAUGGGACAGAUGCCGGGGCUGAGUCUGACCCUUAUGACUUUGAGCACGAGGAACAAACCCAGUCCAUUCUUAAACCCAAGCCUGCUGCCUCUCAGACCCUGAAGAAACCAGGACAGGCCAUCAGUCAGGACCGACUGAAGCUGUUUAAGGCUGCUCUGAUGAAGGCCUUUCAGACCAUGAGGUCCCAAUCUGUGGCAGUGACUGAACUCCUAACCCUGAUCAAUAAGACCACACUCAGUCAGGAGGACCAGGAGGGGUUUGAUGAACAAGAGGUGGAGAAGCUACUGGGUCGCAUGCAGGAUGACAACCAGGUCAUGAUGUCCGAGGGCAUGGUCUUCCUCAUUUAGAGCUGCUGUAACCCAAUAUAUUGGCCAGUCAACCAUGGUCCAGAUGUCUGUUCUUCUAAGGGUCAUGAUAUGACAUAAUAAAUGUCUUGAGCAUUAAA